CCUGGGGCCAUAAACAUUUCAUUGAGCAUGUGGCGGCCCUGCCUGCGUUCCUCUGAGCCCUUCCCGGCUUUCCCAUUGGCUCGGGGAGUGUGAGAACCUCAGCUGAGCCAGAGACCCACACAUUCAUAUGGAGAUUGGCAUGUAUAAAUACAGGGAGGAGGCAGAGAGGAAGGCAGCUCACACUUGGAGAGCGAGCAGACCUGGCUGCAACCAUGGCUCCCACUGUUUACGGACCGGGUCACUUCUUCAAGGAGACUUCAGUUCACAAGCUGAGAAAGCCAAUGGUGGAGAAGCUGCGGCGAGACCGCAUCAACACCAGCAUCGAGCAGCUCAAGUCCCUGCUGGGCCCCGAGUUCCUCCGGCAGCAGCCCGACUCCAAGCAGGAGAAGGCCGACAUCCUGGAGAUGGCCGUGUGCUACCUGAGGAGCUGGCAGCAGCGGCAGCGUAUCUCCUCCUCCUCCUCCAACGGCUACGCCCACUGUGUUCAUCAGGCCGUCAGCUUCCUCUCCCACUGCAAGGUACAGAGCCCGGCCCAGAGGCGACUGCUCGGACACUUCCAAGACCUGCAGGCGUCCAGCGGGACCAGCAGGGGCGCUCCGAUAACCCCGUCGCCCCCGGGCUCACCUCUCAGCUCCUGUAAGGGUGCCAGCCCGGCUGGUGUUGCCCUGUGGAGGCCCUGGUAGAUGCUGAGGACCACAAGCCACAAGCUAAAGACUCUGUGAAGUCAAGUUCUUUUGGGUCACUGGGUGGCCAAAUAGGCGCCAUCUGCCAGUAUUCCUUUGGGAGGAUUUGAUGAGGUUAAGGUUUUACUGAACGACUUCCAUCGUCACCGUGUGACCGUGUGUAUUGACUGUGACAUCGCACCCACGUUGGGUUCAGAUUUAUUGAAGAAUUGUUUGUCUUUGAUACUGUGUAUCAGUUAAGCGUCCUGCAAUGCAUCCUAUGGAUUCACUCGUGCUGUAAAUCCUAUUUUGAUUGAACACUAUUGUGUAUGGCUUUAUGUUCGACAACACAUCUACAUGUCUUUACAAUGCUAUUGUUCAGAAUGGAUGAUUGUCAUGUUCUACUUUGAAUGCCUUUUGAAAAGGAAUGUUGUGCUUCCCUGAGAAGAAAAUAAAUAAAAAGCUUGCAAAUCC